AUGGCACAUUCUUCGGGCGUGAACCGCCCGGGUUCCGAUGUCUCCGGCUCGGUGUUGCAGGUUUCCCGGGGACUCGGAGUCCGAAUGGGGCUACGAGCGAUUUUAGUUUUUGUGAGCACGUUCCUGUUUUUAGACUUUCCACCAUUUUGCGGGUGCGUCCGAGCUCUGGCUGACGAACCAACAGACCCAGCCUGUGUGACUAACGAGGCCGUGACCAAGUGCACUAGCACAAAAACUGACGCGAGAGACAAGGCACUCACAGCAACUCUCUCUGAAAAAAAAAACAUCCUUGAAAUUGCUUGCAAGAAUCCUGAGCUGAAAUGCGCUCCCGAUGGCUUGGAGAGCAACGAGGUCUGCCCUUCAACCACAGCCAGCCUGAAGGAUUGCAAAAACGAAAACCGAGACAGCACCCCUACGCCAUUCGACAUCAACACCCUCCUCAGCGGUUCCCCAAAAGACGUGUCCUGGAGGAAUUGCGUGGAUGCGACGUGCACUACUAAGAAGCUAGAGAUCCCUCCUGAAAACUUUCCCUUUGUCGACCAAAAGUUCAUGGUCGGUUGCGUGAAAGGCGAUACAAACGAUACAAUGAAGGUGACAGUGACGCUGGAAGCGAGAGCAAGUGCGACGGAAGACCAAGCCGUCAAAUGUGCUUACGGAGUGAAUAGCAAUAAAGCCCACCAAACGGUCACACUGACUCCGGAGAAGAACAGCUUCACUCUGGCGUGUGGCGACCAGGGAGACAUUCUGCCGACAAAUUACAAAAAGGAGUACUGCGUGAGUGAAUCCGGGAACGAAGCCUCCGACUCCUGCACUGGGGCGUACAACGGCAUUUUCCCGAAUUACGAAGAGACAUGGUGGACGACAACCCCACACACCAACGAGUACAAGUUCACGAUUCCAGAAGGGCAAUUCCCGGCAGAGGAACAGAAGAUCACUGUUGGCUGUCAAAAGAAGGCCACUGCUGAGCCGGGAAAACAGAGGACGGAGAGCGAAGAAAAGGGUUCGAGUGUGUGCAGCGUUGACGUGACGGUUGUGGCAUCAGCAGCAUCAUCUGCCGCAUCGACAAGUGGAAUGGCCGUUAUGUUGUCGUUGGCAGCAUUGGUCUCCACACCUCUACUGUAG